AUGAGAAUUACAACUUACCACUCAAAGCGAGCUUUCAGCUCCUUUACCUCUAUAAAACAAGAGCCAAGUGAACAUCCUAUCAAAUUCCAACUUGACAAGGAGUGCAAGUCUAAUCAAGAACAAGUUGGCAAAACACUCGAAGAAUAUUCACAAAAGUCGCCUUUAGUUUUGAUAACCAAUGAGAAGGACAAAGAAGAGCAAGUCAAUUGCUUCACUGCCUUCAUUGACGAAAGCAACGAGUCCAUCAAUAAAGAAAUAAAGGGAAGAAAUCAGCACUCUAUAUUUGGCAAAGUCUGGCUCAAGUUCAAACCUAGAAAGAAAAGCAGUUCUCGUACUAUUUCCACCUCUUUUAUAUCGACCGAGGAGGUAGAUUUGCCCCACAAGUCCAAAACAGUGGCUGGGUUUCCAUUUCAUCAACACUCAGCACAAGUGCCAACACUGGCGCGGUCUCAAACGCCAAUUAUCGCAUCAACAACGUCGUGGAGACGCAGAAUCUUUCACAAGUACAAUGCCAUAUCCGUGUUUAAGCCGUUUGCAACUACUUCUAACAAUUGUGCGUUUGAGAAAGAACAAGAUGUUUUGUCACAAUCAUCCAUGUACAUUGAAUCUCCUCGGAUGGAUUUUGUUUCCCCACCUACUCCAAAACCAAUGAGAAGUAUUGAUUCGGUACAUGUAAUUAAUCGGAAAACCAGAAAUGAUCAAAUUAAAUGUGAAGGAGAACAAUUGAGAGAGUCUGAUGAGACAAGACGGAUGCGAGAGACGAGUUUCUUGCCUAUUGAUCCUUUUGGUGAUUUAGAGAUCUGUAGUAGCUUACGUGCUCUCUACGAGAAUAGCUUUUUCAAGUCUCAUGCCAGGCAACCUAUUGAUUAUGAUAACUCACAAAUUACCGACGAAACACUAAACGUGGCAGCAUUAGCCAAUGCUUUUUCCCUGUCGCCACACCCCCUCCCUGCUGCUGCUGCUGCUGCCAUGACUUCUUGA